AUGGGUCGCAUGCACAAUCAAGGAAAAGGUAUCUCAGGCUCAACAACCCCAUACGUUAGAGAGAGCCCAGAGUGGUUAGACGCAAACAUUGAUGAAAUAGAAUCUAAAAUAGUAGCAUACGCCAAGAAAGGACUAACUCUCUCCCAGAUUGGAACUAUUCUUAGAGAUGAGUUCCAGAUUGGUAAUAUGAAGUUCUUCAGUGGAAGAAAGCUUCUUAUGAUCCUUAUGAAGAACAAUCUUGCCCCACAGGUGCCAGAAGACUUGGCAGCACUGGUCAAGAAGGCAGUCAGCAUUAGAAAGCACUUAGAGGUCAACACCAGAGACACUGACUCAAAGUACAGACUGAUUCUUGUUGAGUCCAGAAUCAGCAGACUUGCUAGAUACUACAAGACAAGAAAGGUCAUCCCAGCAAACUGGAUUCCUUCAUACAGAUCUGCAGUCAAGAGAAACAGUGGUCUAUAA